AUGAAGACCCAGUGGAAGGACAUUCCCGCCGUGCCUACGAGCCAGGAGUUCCUGGACAUUGUACUGUCCAGGACCCAGAGGAGACUGCCCACUCAGAUCCGUGCGGGUUUCAAGAUUAGCAGAAUUCGAGCCUUCUAUACACGAAAGGUCAAAUUCACAUCCGAGACAUUCGUCGAGCGCCUCACCACCACCAUCGACGCAUUUCCGCGCCUGGCGGACAUCCACCCGUUCCACCGCGAUCUCUUGAACACCCUCUACGAUGCGGAUCACUUCCGCAUUGCUCUUGGUCAGCUCUCGACUGCAAAGUCGUUAAUUGAGACGGUUGCGCGUGACUAUGUGCGUCUUCUCAAAUACGGCCAGUCUCUUUUCCAGUGCAAGCAGCUUAAGCGGGCUGCGCUUGGUCGUAUGGCCACAAUCUGCAAGCGAUUGAAGGAUCCUCUUGUCUACCUCGAACAAGUUAGGCAGCAUUUGGGUCGUCUUCCCUCGAUCGACCCCAACACCCGUACACUCGUCAUUUCUGGAUUCCCCAACGUCGGCAAGUCGUCCUUCUUGAAGUCCAUUUCUAGGGCCGAUGUCGAGGUCCAGCCAUAUGCUUUCACUACCAAGAGCUUGUAUGUCGGUCAUUUCGACUACAAGAUGCUUCGCUUCCAAGCGGUUGACACUCCUGGUAUUCUGGACCAUGCGCUCGAGGAGAUGAACACUAUCGAACAUCAGUCCAUCUGCGCCAUUGCUCAUCUCCGCGCCCACAUUCUCUACUUUAUGGAUCUCAGUGAGCAGUGUGGUUACUCGGUUGCUUCGCAAAUCGCCCUCUUCAACAACAUCAAGCCUCUGUUCGCGAACAAACUCAUCUCCAUUGUCAUCAACAAGAUCGAUCUUAUGCGUCCCGACCAGCUUGAUGCCGAAACACAGGCUCAACUACAGGGCAUGCUCAAGUCGGGUGAGGUAGAGAUGCUGGAGCUUUCUUGCAGUACUACUGAGGGUGUCAUGGCUGUGCGAAACGCAGUCUGCGAUCGUUUGAUUGCUGCUCGUAACGCAGAGAAGCUCAAGGCUGGAACUAACAGUGCUGGUGAGCCAUCUGGCCGUCUUGGUGAACUGUUGCGCCGAAUCCACGUUGCUCAGCCAUUGGGUGGUGUAACACGCGAGACCUUUAUCCCAGAUGCAGCACUCAACAAGAAGAAGUACGACAAGGAUGACCCUGAUAGGCCAAUCCUAGAACGUGAUUUGGAAGAGGAGAAUGGCGGAGCUGGUGUGUACAACAUUGAUCUUCGCAAGAACUAUCUUCUUGAGAAUGAUGAAUGGAAACAUGACCGUAUUCCCGAGGUGUUCAAGGGCCAGAACGUCUACGACUUCAUCGACCCUGACAUUGAGGCUAAGCUUGCCGCGCUCGAGGCUGAAGAAGAAAAGUUGGAGGAGGAGGGUUUCUACGACUCGGACGACGAUCUUGAAGACGCAGAGGAGGCAGACUUCCGGUACAAGGCAGAGCUGAUCCGCGAGAAGCGGCAACUCAUUAGGAACGAAGCCAAGAUGCGCAAGAGUUUGAAGAACAGGGCUAUUAUUCCCAGGACAAAGAAGGCGAAGCAAAUGUCGCAAAUGGAAUCGCAUCUCGAGAGUCUUGGAUACGACACUACAAAGGUUGUCGAGCGUGCAACGGCUCAAGCAGAAGCACGAGGACGCAGCUUGGCUCGUUCACGAUCAGAGGCUCCCGGUGAUGCCAUGGAUAUCGAUACACCCAAGUCUGCGCUUGAGCGUGCGAAGAGCCGUGGUCGCAGCCAGAGUACCAACAGGAGGAACGACGGUGUUACGGAUGCCGAGGCUGCUUCAAAGGCGGAGAAGCUGGCCAAGUUGUCACAGAAGAAGAUGAACAGGAUGGCCAGACAGGGUGAGGCCGACAGGCACCAGACUGGCUCUCUGAUCAAGCACUUGACUGCCGGCAAGCGUGGUAUUGGAAAGACCAGCCACCGAUAA